CAUUCUUUCAUUUAACGUAUUUUGCAGGAUGAGCUGAUGGACAACUGUGAGCUAGAUGCUUUCUUCAAAACAUUGAAAGAAAACGACCAGCUUCUUUGUGACAUUUCCCAAGAGACAUCGGCAGCCAUUUCCGCUCUUUUUGACGAAGACGAUUCAAGGAAACUCUGUAUAGAUGAAGUUUGCAAUAUAGGGGCCUUAGUUCAUUAUAGCAAAGUGAUGUUCAGAAAAGCGGAUAAAGACAGAAGUGAGUGUCUGAAUGCCAGUGAGUUGAGGGACGCAUUGUAUCGGGCAGGGCUCAUCACCAGUGACACAGUUCUAUAUCACUUGGUCAGUCGUUACGUGGGUAGUGAUAAUAAAGUCACAUUUGACGAGUUCUUCCUCAUAGUUUCGAAACUUCGCUAUAUUAUAAAGCAAUUUGAAGCACUGGGCGGAUCGAAUGAGAAAUCCGUAGCAAUGUCCGUUGAGGAUUUACUGACGAUGUGCUCCAAACUGUGAGCUGUUUUGAGUAACGAUAUACGAGAACGAUUAAAAUAGUUGUAAUGAUGAUUAUCCUCAGAAAAUAUUACUAACAAAUAUGUACGGGAAGUAGUAUCGUCAACUAGCAGUUAUGUACUUACCAGACGCUCUUCUAGGUUGAAAUCCUAUGGUGAUAGAGCCUUCAGUGUUGCUGCACCUAUCCUCUGGAACCAGUUACCAUCUGACUUAAGAGAAGCUACAAGUUUUAAUAUAUUCAAGUCAAAGCUCAAGAAAUUCCUGUUUUGUUGAUUUGCCGACCUCUGACC